GUUGCCCUAUGUAAAAUUUUAAUCAUCCCAAUUAAAUAUUACUCCGUACAAGAUUUGAUUAUAUUUUAUGAAACCUCUCAGUAUGUAUAUAAGAUAAAAAAACCCUUGAUGACCUUUAUAACUCGAAAACAAUCCUUGAUCACCCUUCAAAGAAUAUUUGCAUAAUUUCAAAACCUAGCUAGGUAUGAAUCUUUACUCAAAGCUAUCAACAGGUCGAAUCCAAAUCAGCUUUAUCUUUCUCCUCUUAUCAAUAAUUUUCACUUGGAGAUUCUUGUCUCUUGUUCCUUUAUCCGUGUCCAAGAAGAAGAAGAAAAACAAGAACAAGAACAAAAACAACCUUAUUAGUGAUGAAACUGACAAUGAUGGUUCUGUUGUUUCUGAAGCCUACAAGUAUCUUCUCUCAUUAGAGAAAAAGAGAAGACCAAUGAUAGAUUACAUGGAGAAAGUUCAAACAGACAUUGAUCCAAAGUGGAGAGGAAUAUGUAUUGAUUGGGUAGUAAGCAUUGUAGAUUAUUUCAACCUUCUUCCUGAUACUCUUUAUCUCGCUGUUUCGUGCAUAGAUAGGUUCCUAUCUUUUAAACCUGUCAGCAGAGACCAGCUUCAAUUGUUGUGUGUUUCAUCGAUGUUCAUUGCAUCGAAGUAUGAAGAUACUUUCCCACCCAAUGUGGAAAACUUUUGGCGUGCUACCAACAAUCAAUACAGCAAAGAAGAGAUUUUAGAGAUGGAAAUUGACAUACUCAAGACCCUAAACUUUGACAUGGGCAACCCCACUAUUAAGACCUUUUUAAGGCAAGAUUGGCAAAUAUGUUUGUUAUUCUAUUGUUGUUGCAAAUGUCAAUUUAAAUAUUUUACAAGACAGUAUACUAAUUAUGUGUAG